AUGGGCACAUACGACGGGACCACCGACCCAAACGAACACAUAGAAAACAUCGACGCCUUCCUAGACAACAGAGGGGUGCCCGGUGCAAUCAAGUGUCGUCUAUUCCCGACCACCCUGCGCAAAGGAGCCAUGACGUGGUACAAAAGUUUUCCCGAUGAAUCCAUUACUUCAUGCAUAGUGCUCGGAAAACUCUUCUCCAGGCACUUCACGGCCUCCCGAAGACAUCCAAAAUCAGAAGCAUCCUUAGAGGCCAUCAUCCAAGGAAAAGACGAAUCCCUCCGGGCCUACAUAGAAAGGUUCAUCAAAGAGGCCGUGCAAGUGUCCACGGCAGCCCAUACGAAGAAGUUCCUACUCGAGCGAGGCAUCCGACCACGCUCAGACUUCGCCAAAGCCGUCGGGAUCGAAACGCCUGCCACUUUGGACGAAUUCUUCCUCAAGGCUCAAGCAUACAUACAAUACGAUGAGAAGGAGGCGGUUCACGCAGUCCGCAACUCAAGACAGGAAGAGAACACUAAAGGUGCUCGUCAGGACGACUCUCGCCGAGGAACUGAUAAGAAGAAAGAAGAUAAAGGUCGGGAUCUGAAAGACUACAAGGCACUAGCAGGAAAGUUUCGGGAAUACACCCCGGUGAAUGCAUCCAGGGAACACAUUUUGAAUGAGUGCGCGAACGCAGAAUUCCAAACGGGCGAAGUCCACUUCCCGAAGUCCAUGCCUGCGCGGCCAAACGUAGACAAAUCAAAGUUCUGCCAGUUCCAUAAAGGCCACGGGCAUAACACGGAAGACUGCAUCCACCUGAAAGACGCAAUAGAAAUAUUAAUCCGAGAAGGACACCUGAAGCAAUAUGCAAAGAAGCAAGAGGCCGCCAAAGAGGCCAAGCCAGUCACCGAGGAAAAGCCAGCGAAAGACACGCCCGCCAUGCAAGUCGCCAUGAGUAUCACCAGACCGGAGGACUUUUACCUCCCGGAUUGGGCCAGGGUGUCUUCCACCCCUUCUCCUCACAGCCCAUGGGAAAUUUUCCCUUCCGCCAUGGUCAUAUCCGGAGGGGGAUUCAGCAAACUCACCGUCGGAUCCGUUAAACGGAAAUUCGACGAACUAAUUUCAGCAAGUUCAAGCAAAGCCGCUACUCUUGACCUGGCCAAAGGCGGCUCAUCCUCCAUAUCUUUCUACAAAGAGGAACUGCCCGGCGGAGCGUCCAACGCGACCAUCCCCCUCCUUAUCUGGGCCCGAAUGGCCAACUUUGACGUGCGCCGCAUUUUGGUCGAUCAAAGGAGUUCGGUGGACAUCAUGUACUCCCAGUUAUUCAAGACGCUGCGACUGAACGACAGCCACGUCACCCCCUACGUAGGAUCUGACCUACAAGGUUUCAACGGCACCGUAACAAAACCAUGGGGGUUCGUUGAGCUUAUCGUUUCGAUCGGGUCGGCGGAAAUCGCAAGGGCCGUCAAAGUCCAGUUCCUAGUCAUUGAUUGCCCUUCGAUCCACCAAUGCAUCUUGGGACGCCCGACGCUGGCCGAGCUAAUCGCAGUCCCCUCAACUGUGCAUCUCAAGCUCAAGUACUACACAGCCAAAGGACAAGUUGCAAUGCUCAACGGCGACAUCAAAGUGGCUAGGAGGUGUUUCGAAGCCUCCGCCAAAGGCCUCAGCUCUAUAAAAGUUGCCUCCUAG